AUAUGAUUGAAUUAUUUUCAAGUAAUUUAUAAAUAAGUGAAUACAUAUUUAAAUUUUACAAAUGGACAAUAUACAAUUUGAAACUAAAGAAGCAUAUGAUUUAAUUGAUACUAAUUUACCUGCAGUAACAGCAAGCUUAGAAAUGCUUACAAUGAAUACAAAUUUACCAUCUUCAGAAAAAAGGAUAUUAAGAAAAAGAAUUCCUAAAAGUGAAUCUAAUGAGAAUCUUAAUAGAAGAUGCAGUUUAAAACCAAGCAAAAGAACGUGUUCAAAAAUGCAAGAUAACAGUAAAAACAAUAAAGCACACUCAGAAGAAACUGAUUGUAAAGAGUAUUAUUUAAACAAAAAUUUAAAAAGGAAAUUGAAUAAUCUGGAAACAAUUUAUGAGGAAAAAGAUGAUCCAAGUGAAUGUAUUACAUAUAUGAGUGUGAAGAGGUUUAAACGUAUGAUACAAUUUCAAGAAGAACCUACCGAUAGUAAAUUAAAGAAAAGAAGAGCAAAAAUUAAAAAGGUAUUUGGAUCAAAGAUCAGUUUUAAACGAAAACGUGCAUCAAUGCAAAUGUUGUUAGAUAAGUUAAAUGGUAUUAAAGCAGAAUCACCUACAAAAGUUGAAAAUUAGAGAAAGUGGAAGAUGUCAAAAUAUUAAGUGGUAUAAGAAAUUUUUUUACCAAUUAUAAUAGGACACAAUGGAAAGAAAUUAUCUUCUUAAUGCAUCUCUAUGGUUUAUUUGUAACAUUUUUUCAAUUUUUUAUAUGAGUAUGAACAAGUACAAAAAAUAGUACUUAUGAUAACAAAGAAUUAAAAUACAACAAAAAGAUUUUCAAGAAGAUAUGAAGAGCACUAUUUCAUAAAAGCUAUCAAUAAAAUCGUGUAUUUCUUAAAAAAAGCUUUUGCAUUGAAAUAAUAAAUAAAAGUUACAUGUAAUUUUGUCAUAAAAUGACAUAAUUUGUGAACUUAUAUUAAUUUCUUUAUUAACUUAUAAAAUUUUUGUUAUAUUAAAUUAUGAUUAUUUAUAUAGUGCAU